UUAGCCUCCAAACACCUGUACCUUGGUCUUGGCCCAGAAGACCUGAAGGCCCAAGGGCUUCGCCUCCUCGUGCAGUGCUUCGGGAGCCAUCAUCAAAAUCUCCAGCGACUCCGCCAGGAUAACUGCAUCAUCGACAAAAAUAAGACUGCCCUCCAGCCCAAACUUGAGCCUCAAGAGGGAGGACUCAACACAUGCAGUGAAGUAGUCGAUUUCCUGAGCUUGGCCGUCAACUCUACCCAGCGGAAGUCAGGCUGCCCCAUGCUGUACACGCGUGUCGGAAAUGACUGCCUGUCCUUCAUUCCGGCUAAGUUAUCGUGGCCCGAGGCUCGACACUUUUGCCGCAGCAUCCACGGUGACCUGUGGUAUUUGAAAGACAUUGCAGCAUAUAGCGCUUUGUUAGCCUACAUGAAAAAGGAACGACUCACCAUGGACUACUGGAUUGGUGGCCGGUUCGACCUUGACACCAACGCCUGGUCGUGGCCGUUUGAUAACUCCGCUAUGCCUCUCGGCUCCCCUUACUGGACGCUGAAGCAAACAGAAUCAUGUGUUCUCCGCGGCCCGCCACACACCGACCCAUUCUCGGACCCACCCAAGGCAUCGCCUGGAAACCCCUGUUAUCGCACCGAGAUAUCCCCCGAGAAUAGAUCCCCGGGCUGGUGUGCAGCAAUGACCCACGAGAACUACUACUUUUGGUCUGAUGAGGUGUGCAAGGAAGUCUUCAGCCCUCUGUGCAUCUACACUGGUCCCAAAGACAUCGACAUCGACUAAGAGGAUAUUGCUGCACCGUGAACUAGGACGUCACACGAGCCACUGCUUACAUUGCUGCAUGCUGCUGAGUCUAUAUAUAUAUAUAUAUAUAUAUAUAUAUAUAUAUAUAUAUAUAUAUAUAUAUAUAUAUAUAUAUAUAUAUAUAUAUAUAUAUAUAUAUAUAUAUAUACCAAGUCGAGUCACUUUCUUCAAAUCUGCAACCGGUACGCGCAGGAGGCGGUUUUGGGGCGGAGCAGCGGGAUGACGUUACUUGGAGCUAAAAAAAAAAAAAUACCCGCCUAGUUCAGUGGUGACUAAAGUUGCGGCCGUAUGUGCACUCUGGAUGUUCAAUUCUCGCCUUCUUUCACAGCGCGUUCAGGCAAGCCACUGACGAAAAAAAUGUCUUUUUUUGUGCUAUUGCGUGACUGUAAUUCCAAUGACUACAAACGGCGGGCUGGGGUGUGAGGGAGGGGAUGUUGAAGUGAUCGAUUUAAAUUAGUCCGCUUUUCUUCGUUUUCUGUAAACCUCUGUUUCUACAUUCUCUAGUUUGGCUCCAAGCAGUGUCACGCAUAAACCACGCCUCGGCCGUGUCUCCUCCCUCUCCUCCUCCUGCGUAUGACUUGACUUGCUGUAUAUAGACUUAGGCAUGCUGUUUAACAUAUCUGCAACGCUUGUCAAAAUACAGUAUAUUAAGCUGAUUAAAUAAACCUUGAUGCCUAUA